UCCCAUAAUUUCUGACAAGCUUUCAAUUUUCAAAAUGGCCGACGACGAUCAAAACAAAAAGCGUUUUUAUUAGACUUCUCUUCUCGAUAAAAAAUCGCCAGCUAACAAAUAUCUAUAUUUUAAAGUGAUAUUUGGAUAUGUUAGUCUUUGCAAAGGUAGACUCAUUAUCGUAUAAAACAUAGGUCAAGAGUUGAGUUGACCGUAGCCGAAUAUUUUUUACUUAAGCUCAAUUUGAAAUGUUCACUCUUCUUUCCGGCUUAUGGAAAUACUUAUUCCAAAAAGAUGAAUACUUCAUUCUUAUCCUGGGUCUCGAUAACGCCGGGAAAACGACCCUUCUUGAACAGAUCAAAAGGAAAUUCUGUAAGACCUACAAUGGGAUACCAUUUGAGAAAAUCACUACAACUGUAGGUUUGAAUAUUGGAAAGAUCACUAUCAGCCACGUGAAGCUGAUGUUCUGGGAUCUUGGAGGGCAGCAGGAACUACGAACCUUGUGGGAUAAGUAUUUUGAAGAAUGCCAUGGGGUCAUCUACGUAAUAGACUCGACUGAUAGCAAACGACUAGAUGAGUCGCAUAAUGCAUUUGAAGAGGCCCUAACCCACAAAGCCCUUGAAGGAGUCCCUCUGCUGGUGCUGGCCAACAAGCAGGAUGCUCAGGGGUCUCUUUGUGUGGAUAAAAUAGAACCAAUCUUUAGUCAAGGAUCUUUGGUAACAAGAAGGGAUUACUACAUCCAACCUACAUCUGCUUUGAAUGGAGAUGGAAUAGAGGGUGGUAUCCAUUGGCUUGUUGACCAAGUGAAGCAAAACAUAGCAGAACGACCUCCACACUUGAAAGACAUAACUUGAUUUAAUCACAAGAACUCUAUAGUAUGCAUAAGGCUUAGUAAGAAAUGCUGGUAUGGUGUAGUAUACCCAGGGGACAUUAGAGGACGUUCCAAUUACUCCAAGGGUGUGUCUAGAGAAAAAUGCAGGGUGGGGUCCUGAGUACCCAUUCACAGACCAAGGAUCAAUCAGGUUCAAAUUGGCAUCUUUAUUUCUGGUCAUAGGCUACCAGAUCCAUGAAGAAGCUUUUUCUGUCCAAAUACCCCAAAAAAUAAACCGUCUUUUACUUCCGGAGGGCUAAAGGAAACCUCAACCGAAAGGAGACUAAGGAAUCUAUUAGAAUCCACGCUAUUCAACAGGCCAUUCGCUCUAAAUUAUCAGUCACAUCCUUAAAGCAACUUCCAAUCGACACACUGCUUCCUCAAUUUGGAAAUAUUUUUGCGUUUUCUGUUUAAAAUCAUCGGAGUUUUGUUGUGUAAUCGACCGGAAGUAAACUGGUGUUAAUGCUGCUUUAACUACAAAUGGGAUCAACCAGAGUGAAACUUAUCUCGUUACAUGAGGAUGGUGGUUUCCAGACACCUAGAUUCCCCUCUCUGGACAUGGGCCUGUUUUCAAAUAUAUAUAUAUAUUAUUCAGAAAGUCUAUAUAGUGCCGAAGAUGUUUCUUCUAAAGAAAAGUAGCCUCUGCAGGGAAAAUGCUAGUGUAUUUGAGCAGUCAAAUUCAAUUGGAUUUUGGCUGUAGUCUAUUCAGAAUUUGUGCGAUAGUGUAAAGUCAAAAUCAAAUAAUUUAGUGAGGAAAUGUAUAUACUGUAAAUAUCUCGAAACAAAAA